CAAUUACUGAAAGGAAAAGCAGCACAUCUUUACAUCUGGAUUAUGACACGAUAAUCAUGUGACAUUGUCACAUAAUCCUGUUGUAGCUGACUGAGCUGGGUACAAUCUUCAAGUCUAAUUUGUUGUAAUAUUAUAGAGAAAGUCCCCCAUUAAUCCUCACGACCCCCGAGAUGUAACACUUGUUCACUUUAAGUAAAUCUCAGCUUCUGUUUUAUAAUAUAUGACAGUGGGAGAGUGUCUCUACAUAACCAGUUCCCUUUCACUUCACCACAGGGAAGCAGCACCUUCAAGCUGUCCUCCUCCAGGUUCUUGUGAGCUGUGGAGGUUUUGAAUCUCAAGAUGCAGUCACAGCACGGUGCCUUCAUCAUCUUACCUCAAACAUGGAAACGGACACCAGGCAGAGCUCCUGACUCAUCAUCCUUUCCUCUUCCUGUCAGCCAUCUAGCACCAUCCCAGCCUCCAUGCCGCUCCUCUCCCACUGUUUCAUCCUUGUAUCUUUCUCCUCUACUCCCUCCAUCCCUCCAUGGCCUGCUGAGGUUCCUCCUGGUUCUCCUGGCCUCCAUGGUUUUACUGCCCCGCCCAGCACAGGCAGCCUGGUUUCAGGUGGGGGUGGUGGGACCGUGGGGGUGUGACCCCCUUUUUGCCAAAGCCCUCCCAAGUGUGGCAGCACAGCUCGCCGUCAACCGCAUCAACAAGGACCCCUCGUUGUCCUACGCCGCAACGUUCGACUACGCUGUGCUGCAGGAGCCAUGUGAGACAUCAAGAGCACUGGAGGCCUUUGUGGGUUUCCACACGAAGGUCUCAGGGUACAUUGGACCAGUCAACCCAGGAUACUGUGAUUCUGCUUCAAUGCUGAGCAAAGGCUGGAACAAAGCAUUGUUUCCUUGGGGUUGUGUUGGCUAUGAGUUGGAUGAUGUUCGCAGCCACCCAACCUUUGCUCGCUCCAUGCCGAGGCCCACCUGGGUGCUGCUCAGCGUCAUAAACUACUUCAGGUGGGCCCACAUUGGAAUCAUCUCUUCUUCAGACGACAUCUGGGUGGAGACAGCCACCAAGGUAGCUGAUUCCUUAAGGAGCCAUGGUCUGCCAGUCAAACUGGUACACUUUAUGGAGAACACACCUCAUGGCAUAAGACGAACUCUGUCCAAGGUCCGCAAGAUGAGAGAAAUACGAGUGGUGAUCCUCUGCAUGCACUCGGCGCUGAUUGGUGGCGAGGCACAGAAGCUGCUGUUGGAGACAGCCUACGACAUGCAGAUGAUUGACGGCUCCUUCGUCUUUGUGCCCUACGACACCCUGCUCUACAGCCUGCCCUACCGCAACGUGACCUACCCAGCUCUGAAGAACAACGGCAAACUGCUGCGGGCUUACGACGCCGUGCUGACCGUCACCAUUGACUCACCUCAGAUGUCCUUCUACGAGGCCUACAGAGAAGCCAUGGAGAGGAGAGAGGUGGCGAGGACGCUGAAACCACAGCAGGUGUCUCCUCUCUUUGGCACCAUCUACAGCUCCAUCCUCUUCAUGGCUCAUGCAGUGCAUCGUGUUCGGCAGUCUAGGGAGUGGAUGUCUGGGGGAAACCUGGCAAGAUACACCCGUAACCUGGCCUUCCAGGGCUUUAGCCACCCUAUAAAAACCAAUGGCUCUGGAGCAGCUCUGCUGGACUACCUCAUACUGGACACAGACGGACUCUCCUGGGAACUGAAGCCAACAUACAGGAUCGACAUGGAGGUCGGUACAGUGCGUUUCCUGGGUCGAGACAUCCACUUCCCUCACAACUACAGACCCAGAACGGACUCCGCCUGCUGGUUUACUCCUGGAGUCAUCUGCUCAGGCGGGGUGGAUCUGUUCUCGACCAUCAGCGUCUUCCUUGUAGCGUUGGCUGCCUCUGUUGUUGCACUGGCUCUGAUUUACUGCAUCAGGCGACGUAUCCUUCAGAUUAGACUGGUUAAGGGUCCAAACAAGAUCUUGCUGACUCUGGCUGACGUCACAUUCAUAAACCCUUCACUUAGCAACAAGAAGCUGAGUCUGAAUGACAGCAGGAUCAGCGGCAUGAGGAGCGUGUCAGAAUGCAGCGUCGCGUCGCCAGUCUCCACCAGAUCACCGGCCACCUACGAGAACUCCAACGUUGUCAUUUAUGAGGGUGACUGGGCGUGGCUGAAGAGACUUCCUGAUGGGACGUUCAGGAACAUCAACCCCAAAACAAGCAACGUGUUUGAACUGAUGAAGGACAUGCGUCAUGAGAAUGUCAACCCUUUCCUGGGCUUCUUUCAUGACUGUGGCGUGUUCGCCAUCGUGACUGAGUUCUGCUCCAGAGGAAGUCUGGAGGACCUGCUGCUAAACGAUGACGUUAAGCUGGACUGGAUGUUCAAGUCAUCUCUGCUGCUCGAUUUGAUUAAGGGUAUGAGGUACCUCCACCACCGUGGUGUAAGCCACAGUCGUCUGAAAUCUCGUAACUGUGUGGUGGACGGACGCUUCGUCCUGAAGGUCACAGACUAUGGCUACAACGAGGUUCUGGAGGCUCAGAGGUUCCCAUAUGUCGACCCACCUGUAGACGAGUUGUUGUGGACGGCUCCAGAGAUCCUAAGGAUGCCCAGGCAGCCAGGGCUUCACGGGACCCUGCCUGGUGACGUUUACAGCUUUGCAAUCGUCAUGCAGGAGGUGGUGAUCAGAGGGCCUCCGUUCUGCAUGCUGGACAUGUCCGCCGAAGACAUAAUCGAGAAGCUGCGUAAGCCUCCUCCUCUGUGCCGGCCGGUGGUCAGUCCAGACUACGCUCCGCUGGAGUGCAUCCAGCUGAUGAAGCAGUGCUGGAACGAACAGCCAGAUAAGAGGCUGACUUUUGAUGAGAUAUUCGACCAGUUUAAGAACAUCAACAAGGGAAAGAAGACCAACAUCAUCGACUCCAUGCUGAGGAUGCUGGAGCAGUACUCGUCCAACCUGGAGGAGCUGAUCAGGGAGCGAACGGAGGAGCUGGAGAUCGAGAAACAGAAGACAGAGAAGCUGCUGACGCAGAUGCUGCCUCCCUCUGUGGCCGAGGCUUUAAAGGUGGGCGGUACGGUCGAACCGGAGCACUUUGACAGUGUGUCGAUUUACUUCAGCGACAUCGUGGGCUUCACCACCAUCUCAGCCAACAGUGAACCCAUCGAGGUGGUCGACCUGCUCAACGACCUCUACACAGUCUUUGACGCCAUCAUCUCAAACCACGACGUCUACAAGGUGGAGACUAUCGGUGAUGCUUACAUGGUGGCCUCAGGCCUUCCUGUCUCGAACGGCAACCGCCACGCUGCAGAGAUAGCUAACAUGGCCCUCGACAUCCUGAGCGCAGUGGGAACCUUCAAAAUGAGACACAUGCCUGAUGUUCCCGUCAGGAUACGUAUAGGACUACACACAGGGCCGUGUGUAGCAGGUGUGGUGGGUCUCACCAUGCCUCGCUACUGUCUGUUUGGAGACACAGUGAACAUCGCCUCUCGGAUGGAGUCCACCGGGCUGCCCUACAGGAUCCACGUCCACCAGAGUACGGUACAGGUCCUAAGGGAGCUGAAUCAGGGCUACAAGGUCGAGCUGAGAGGCAAGACAGAAGUCAAGGGCAAAGGAUUUGAGGAGACCUACUGGCUUGUAGGGAGGGAUGGAUUUACCAAACCUCUGCCAGUUCCUCCAGAAAUAAAGUCCGGCUCCCGCAUCAGCAUCGCAACAAACGAGCCAAAGGACCUGAAGCAGGUGUUCCACAAGGCGGUGAAGAAGAUCUCCCACGUGCGCGUUGUGACUCAGCUCCACGCGACUGACGACGACAACGUCAUGAUGUCGCACCACUGACUGACCUCCGGUUGGACUUUCAUCUGCCGGCGCUAAGACUGACCACAGAAAAGUAUGACCUUUAAACUCAAAGAGAAGCCAAGGAUGAGAGUGUCAUUUCGCAUCAGUGUUUUCCUUUCCACCAUACAUGGGAAGUCGUGGUGGUGAUGAUCACUGAGAAAAGUUUCCAGGAGGAGAAGGAGGCUAGUGAAAGUGUCAGAUGAGAUUAUCACGGCGUGUGUGUGUGUGUGUGUCUACAUUAACGGCUUGAGCUGACGAGAUGAAGUCUUGUGUACAGACGCCAAGGAGUGAUGACUCAGCAAAGCAGGGAUCUACAGACGCAGCAGCAGAGGAGUGGAGCUAAUCUCCUUCUCGUUCGUUUCCUCCUCCGUCGCUUCCCCGUUUCUCUCUCCGGAGGGAGGAGAGGGAAGAAGAGAAGGAAAUGAGCGGGGAAAUAGAGAGAGGCGAAGAAAGGAGAGAAGAAGUUUUUUCUCCUCUCUUUUCUUUUAAUUUACUCCCAGUUUGUGGAGUAAUUUGGCAUCUUGACUUUAUGAUGCCGUGUUGUCAAUAUUGCAAAAACACAGACGUACUCCUAGAAAUACUCACCGAUGUGUUAAUACUAUUUUUGUUCAUUUUUUGCCUUUAUUUGUAUAGUGAACAGUAGAGAUAGGAAAUAAAAGGACGCAAAGAGUGGACACUGUGAUUACUUUGAGGGUCUGCCCGGUGGUCUCACUGCUGUCACCUCUGUACAGGUGGGAUGCUCCAUGUCAUAUCUCCACUGUCAGCGUUACACCUCAUAAUCACAGAUUAUGGUGAUUUUUUUGUUCCUUUAAUAAACCAUCUGUCACUUCAGAACGCAGUCAGUAGUCGCAGCGGGUUUCCUCAGCUGCUGUGGACUGACCAGCUCUCUGAGGUCGAACUGAGGUCCUGCUAAAAAUGAUCAGGCAGCAAAAACAUCCCGGGAUAAUAAGGACUAAACUUAGUUCAGAUAGUAGGCAGCUUGAACAGGACUGCUCCCCUGAGAGAGAGAGUGGUUUUACUUUGUUUGUUUCUCACAGCCAAAUCUCAGCUGCACCCAAAGUUGGAUUUGGGAAUGUUUUCUCAUCCUACAGCAGGAAGGAAAUUCUUUCUCUCUGUGAUUUUACUGUGUCGUCACGGACGCUUGAUGUACACUGAUGUUUUAUUGGUCAAAUGUAGUUCAGAAAAGUUCGUGUUUGAUAUCAUCUGACGGUUAUUUCAACUCCACAGAGUUUGGGGUUUGACUUUUGGUUGGAAAUGAUCCUGACGGCAGGUAAGAAGAAAUGAGAGCAGUAAGCAGUACUGAGUCCGCUCCCUUUUUGUAAACCUGCCCGGCAAACACUGCAAUAAAUCUCUUCGGUGCUUGA